AUGAGAACAAAACUUAAGGAUGAGGAUCUGGCAAAUAAGCUUAUUCCCAACUUUGCAUUGGGAUGCCGCCGCUUGACUCCCGAUAUUGGCUAUCUUGAGGCUCUGGGCGAGCCGAGCGUAACUACGGUCUACGGUGAGAUUACCAAGAUGACCCCUAAGGGUGUCGUAACGGACAGCAGCAAGGAAUACAAACUUGAUGGACUCGUCUGUGCAGCUGGCUUCGACACAACUUUCAAGCCCCGAUUCCCACUCAUUGGCCGCAACGGCGCGAACCUGGGUGAAGAAUGGAAAGACGAGCCGCGUAGCUAUCUCGGUCUGGCUACCCAUGGGAUUCCCCAACUACUUUAUGUUCCUUGGACCCAAGUGUCCCAUUGA